AUGAGAGAGCUGAAACAAAUCCACACCCACAUCAUAAAGUCCCCAUUUUUACUCAAACAAGACCAAACCUUUCUCAUCACUCGUCUCCUAUUCUUCUGCGCUCUAUCCGAUUCGGGUUCUCAGACCUACGCCACCGCAGUUUUUCGGGUCAUAAAGAACCCGACUCUCUACGUCUACAACAUCAUGAUCAGAGCAUACGCGUGUAGAAAGACCAGUGCUUUGGAUAAACCUGCUUCGUUUUGGUCGUUGGUGUUGUAUAAGCAAAUGGUUGGUAAUGGGAUUGGGCCCAAUAGCCUCACUUUUCCGUUUCUUGUGAAGGAAUGCGCGGCGAGGAGUGACGGCGGCGCUGGUCUGAGCAUUCAUAGCCAAGUGCUUAAGUACGGGUGUGAAGAUGAUGUGUUUGUUCGAAACUCGUUGAUGAAUAUGUACUCUGUUUGUAGGUCUUUGAGUUGCGCACGCAGGGUGUUCGAUGAAAUGCCUGAGAGAGAUGUGGUUUCGUGGAACUCGAUGAUUAAGGGGUGUUUGAGAAGUGGGGAACUUGAUGAGGCGAUGGAUGUAUUUGGGAAGAUGAAGCAGAGGAGUAUUUUUAGUUGGAAUUCCAUUAUAACCGGGUGUGUUCAGGGUGGUCGGCUGAAGGAGGCAUUUGGAACUUUUUCAUGA